CUUUAAUUAGUGUACUUCUCUCAUCACAUGCUCCUUCAAUUCUUUCUUCACUAAAAGAUGAAAGAAAUGAAGGGAAGAUUUCUAAAGAAACUCAACUUCAUUCCCACUACUCUCACCACUUGGAAACAAGGCCUAGUCCUUCAUCACUUCCAUUCUGCGCAGACCUUUUCCCCUCAAAAUUGCCAUAUCCUUUCAGUUUACAACGAACAAGAUUGCAAAAGCAACAAAGAUGAAGAAAUGGAGUUGGGAUUCCAUGUUAGCAACCAGGGGAAUUAUGACAUUGGACCCUCCAUAGAGUCCAAGCUCACAGUUCUUGGAGAGGAUCAAAUUAGUGUUGAAGAGAGUAGCAUGUUUAAGGAUUGUGAAGAAGGUCCAGAACAUCCACGUUUAACAGAUUUUGAAGAGAAAUGUCCUCCUGGAGGAGAAGAGUCGGUUGUCUUCUAUACAACGAGCUUGAGAGGUAUAAGGAAAACUUUUGAAGAUUGCCGUGCAAUCAGGUUUUUACUAAACAGCUUCAAGGUUGUUAUACAUGAGCGAGAUGUUUCUAUGCACAUGGAAUUCAGGGAUGAGUUAUGGAGGAUAAUGGGGGGAAGAGUGGUUCCUCCAAGGCUUUUCAUCAAGGGCAGGUACAUAGGAGGAGCCGAUGAAGUUGUUACCCUGCAUGAGCAAGGGAAGCUCAAGGAACUCCUUGAAGGGAUACCUUUAACUCUGCUUAUUCACCAGUGUAAUUCAUGUGAUGGCAUGCUAUUUGUGGUGUGCUCCAGUUGCAGCGGCAGUAGAAAGGUCUACAAGGAUGUGCAAGGUGAGGAAUUGUGCAUCAGAUGUCCUGAAUGCAAUGAGAAUGGAUUGGUUAGAUGUCGUGUUUGCUGCUGAAAAUAUGCUUGUAUUUCUCCUCCUUGAACUCAACACUUCCAUAUUUCUUGUGUUAACUCGAUUCAAUUGAUCUGUACAAUGCUGCUAUUGUUUGUGUUACUGAUCAAAUAGAUGUCUUUUUCAGCUCAGGCAGUAUUCGAGCCCAAGGAUUUGAACCUGAAAUUCAAAUCCCCAUGUUCAUAAACCGAGAAUAAAGGAAUAUUUGUGUA